CUGUACUACAUUACCCAGAACACAGUGCGCGCGCAGUUACCAUGUCUGGUCUGCGCUCUCAGAGUGACAGAAGGGACGUGAAUAAAAUGUGUUAGUGGUGGGGAGAUUACAUCAUGCCGGACUUAUUCACUCAUGCGUUGAACCAGCACCAGUGACGUCACUAUUGAUGGGAUAUUGAAGACGGCCGGGAGCAGAAGCUUGUUUGGGAUGCAGCGGUUAGUGUGCGCUAGAGUCCCGCUGCAGAUCAGUGGUGCGUCCUGCAGCCGUCCCACACAGAUGCUGGCUCCCGCGGCCCGCGGCUGCUGGACACGUCUGCGCUCCGGCUCUCCGGCCUCUCAGAGGAACAGCAGCAGAGAGCAUCCAGGGCAGGAGGAUCCGGACCCUCUGCAGGACAAAUCCAUCGGCCUCAUGCAGAGAUUCAAGAAAACCUUUAAGCAGUACGGCAAAGUCAUGAUCCCUGUGCACCUGCUGACCUCUACAGUGUGGUUCGGCACUUUUUACUACGCUGCAAUGAAAGGAGUCAGUUUGGUGCCAUUUCUUGAGUAUGUUGGGUUUCCUGACAAGGUGGUGAAACUCCUGGAGAAUUCCCAGAGUGGCUACGCACUGACCGCUUACGCCAUGUUCAAGGUCGCCACACCCGCGCGCUACACGGUGACUCUCGGGGGAACGUCGCUGUCCGUGAAGUACCUGAGGGAGCACGGGUACAUGUCCACCCCUCCACCCGUGAAGGAAUACUUGCAGGAGAAGAUGGAGGAGACCAAAGAGAGGAUCUCUGGGAAAAUGGAGGAGACCAAGGAUCGUAUAUCCGAGAGGAUGGAGGAAACGAAAGACAAGUUCACAGAAAAACUUCAAGAACCCCACAAAGUGUCUUUCCGAAAAAAGAAGGAAUAGGUUUAUAGGCUUACAAAAGGUCUCAAAGUGACUCUCCCUCUCCAUAAUGUCAUUAAGAUUCAUGUUAUUUAACAUUCUUAAGGAAAGCAAUGUGUCUUAAGCACAUACAGUAUAAAGUAGUAUGUAGGCUGUAACUGUUCACAAAAUCGGCUAAACUAUAAGAUUAUGACCAUAUAAAUUUUGGACUCUACUUGAAGUGUUUUUAACAGAUGAGAGUGAGAGUAUGUUUUCUAAAGAGACCGGCAGGUGUAAUGUGCCCCACAUCACAUAUGUAAUACUUUGUUCAUGUAACAACAUAGCACUGCCUCUUUCAAUUCUUGCAUUUGUAAAAUGUUAUUUAAAUUAAGGAUUCUAAAUGGCACAGACUUGUCACAUACAUAACUGAAAAUGAAAUGGUUAUGUUAUAAAAUCUUGAAUUGUUUGUAACUUGGUAUUAUGCAAAACGGUGUCAUCCGAAGCUGUAAGUGUACAUUAAGAUGUAAUACAGUGCUGUAAAUACAGUGGCGGAAAUAGUGCUGACAUUCAUUCUGCAAAUCGUCAACAGUCUUUACGUCUUGUUUCCAAUUCAGUGCAUUCCCGCCAUAUUCAUGCGUUUUAUUUAUGUGAGCUCAUUUUCAGUUGUUAAUCAUUGAAUUGAUUAUUCGCCAGUAAACAUGUCUGCUGGUGAAGCACUUGGGUCUGA